CAGUUCCAUAGAGAGCUACGAGGACUCUGACACCUGAUCUAGAGACAAUCCGACAACGUGCGGACUUGAUCGAAGAGGUGUCCUUUUGGAAAUACGCACUGGGUGCAUUAGAUAAGAGGUGUGAUCGCAAUAGAAAUUUCACUUGUGGACCGCUUGGGACACUUUAACCAGCAGGGAUCUGCUUGUGUUUGGGUUAUUUUGCUGCCCAUUUAGAGAUUUUGGUGUAUUUUCACUGCGUCCAUGUCUGACAUAUACAACCUGGACUCGCAGUGCGUCUCGCCACCAUGCAACAUGAGCUGGGCCAUGGAGCCAGCCAACUUCUAUGAUAAUAAAGUCAUGCCAGGGGAUGCCAAAUCAAGGAUGCCAGGGGGUGAGCAUGGCAACGCCGAGGACAACAACAACAACAACAACAACAACAACAACAGCAGCAGCAGCAGCAGCAGCAUGGUGGAGCUCAGUAACGCCCCUGCCGUUUACGACGAUGAGAGCGCCAUCGACUUCAGCGCGUACAUCGAGUCCAUGUCCACGGUGCCCCUGGAGAUCUGCAACGACGAACUGUUUGCAGACUUGUUUAACAACACUGUGAAGCAAGAAAAGCCUGACUUUUACAUGCCCAGCCACCAGCAGCUGGGAAGUACACAUGGCACCUUUGCGCAAAAGAGCUUGGAGAGGCAGCAGCACCAGGAUGGGGGCUUUGGAAAGGGCGCGUUUUGCGCACCAAUCAAGAAGGAGGCGGACUGGAGUGACAGUGACCUGUCCUCCUCGUUACCGUCGCAGAUCGAGACGUGCGCGCAGACUUCGGUGAGCCUGCACACGGGGCAACCGACGCCGCCCACCACGCCAGAACCCGAGGCUGUCGGCCAGCCAUCCAUCCACAGGAGGUUGGGUAAGGAGAAGGGCAAAAAGACAAUCGACAGGCACAGUCCGGAGUAUCGGCAGAGACGCGAGAGGAACAACGUCGCCGUGCGUAAAAGCAGGGACAAGGCGAAGCAGCGCAACUUGGAGAUGCAGCAGAAGAUGAUCGAGUUGAGCGCGGAGAACGAGCGGCUGUACAAAACCAUCGAUCAGUUGACACGAGAACUGGGGAGCCUCAGACACUUCUUCAAACAGCAGCCCGAACCUGCUUUUGGCACGGGGGCGCGCACGGCUGUUGACAGUCGGUGACGCGCGUCGGUGACACCCCCCAUCCCCAGAACAAAUCCUGCCAGUUUUCUCUCAAACAUACCUCAGUGAACUUGAAUUAUUUUUUCUGUAACAAACGCGUUACACAUUGGAUGACUUUGGACUUUGGCACUGAACGGCGAUUAUUUUUGUGAAUCUCUUUUGUUGUUUUUGUAUUCUAAAUUAUUACAGAAAAUAAUUCAUAUAUAUAUAUAUAUAUAUAUGUAGUUUUAUGGUACCUGUUUUAUAAUUCCAAACUUCGUAUUAAUACCAGAGUAUGUUUUGCAAUUUUACAGUGUAUACAAAUGUAUAAUAAAACGAUGUAAAAAUUCAUAAAA